GUAAAAUACAUGCAUUGAGUUGCGCUGAUAAUAAUUUUACCCUUAAAGCUUCUACUGUAGUCGGUUAUCGUUAUCAAACAGGCUAGCGACAACGCUAAUGCUGCAAAAUAUUACAAUAUAAGUACUUGAUAUAAAAUAUGUUAGACCUAUAUAUGACACAAUGCUGUUUUUGUUUAUUUUAACCCUAAUUAUGAAAGUCAGCCAACGUGAAAAAAACUGCAGUAGCCUUAUAGUAAAUAUGAACCAUACUAUAGUGAAGUGUAUCAUGCUGUGUAGUAUUUACAACAGUUUGGUAAUAAAUGCUACAACUUACUGUAGUAAUUGUAGUGAAGUGAUAAACUGUAAUAAAUACUCUAGUAUACUACUGUAGUUUUUACUGUAGUGUAUUGUAGUUUACCCUCUGUAUUUACUAUGAAUCGCUCUAGUACAAGGCUAAUAUAUGACAGGGGCAAUGCUUAUGAAGCCGAAAAACGUAUGGAAAAAGGACUAGUUGCUAGUUGAUGUCUAGUGUGCUGGAUGACACUCUUUAACCUGUUGCUAAAAUAGCAAGUGGAUUUUACUAAUUCCUUAAUUUGAUUACCCUGAAAGCAUUUCACUUCACAUUUAGCUCUUCAUUUACCGAGAGUCAUACAUGAGACAGUGCUUCAGUUAAUCUAGAGCGCAUUGUACAUCACAUUAUGACCUCUAACCAUUGACGGCUUUAUUUUAUUUACCUUUUUGUGACAAAAAUGGCUCUUCUUUUGGCCUUUUUAUGUCUCACGAGUCUUGCAGAUGUAUUAGGAAAGCAAAAGAUCAAUUCAGAAAAUAUAACUCGGAUUCUAGACCGACUUCUUGAGGGUUAUGACAAUCGACUGCGCCCGGGAUCUGGAGUCUCUGUAACUGAGGUCAAAACAGAUAUAUUCGUCACAAGUUUUGGACCGGUAUCCGAUGUUAAGAUGGAGUUCACCAUGGAUAUGUUUUUCCGCCAAAUGUGGGUCGACGAGAGGUUAGCCUUUCAGGGGCCCGUGGAAAUCUUGCCCUUGAACAACCGCAUGGUGGACAAGAUCUGGACGCCCGACACGUUCUUCCGCAACGCGAGGACCUCCCUCGCGCACAACAUGACGUCUCCCAACAAGCUGUUUCGAAUCAUGCAGAACGGCACCAUCUUCUACACCAUGAGGCUGACCGUGAGCGCAGUGUGUCCGAUGGUGCUGAUGGACUUCCCUAUGGAUGGACACACAUGUCCUCUCCUGUUCGGAAGCUAUGCUUACACCAACCGUGAAAUCGUCUACACGUGGAGGAAGGGUCUUCAAGCGUCAGUAGAUUUUCCUCCGGAAUCUUCAAGCUUACUUCAGUACGAUCUUGUGGGCCAGACCUUGUUCAGCGAAACAUAUAAAUUUAGCACAGGUCUGUAUUCCGUCCAGGUCGUCCAUUUCUAUCUUCAGAGGAAGCUUGGCUACCAUCUCAUCCAAACGUACAUCCCAUUGAUUAUGGUGGUUGUGCUGUCGCAAGUCGCUUUCUGGAUCAACAAGGAGUCUGUCCCUGCUCGAACGGUGGCUGGAAUCACGACGGUGCUCACCAUGACCACUCUGAGCAUCAGCGCCCGCUCCUCGCUGCCCAAAGUCUCCUACGCCACCGCCAUGGACUGGUUCAUCGCCGUCUGCUUUGCCUUCGUGGCUUCGGCCCUCGUCGAGUUUGCGGCGGUCAACUACUUUGCCACGAUCGAGGCCAACAGGGAAAAACGCCGGCUCUCCAGGGCCUCCGUUCUGGAGUCCAUAGCCCAGGGCAGCGACGACGAGCCGGAGACGCCUCAGUCCGACACCAGCGGCUUGAGCCGGAGAAGACGGGCUAACUCUGUGUCCGAGGCGCCCGGGACCCGCUACCCCAUCUUCCUCCAGGGCUCGGCCGUGCCGCCCAACAUGAUGCUGGCAGGCACCAGUGCCAUCGACACGUACUCCCGAGUCCUCUUCCCUCUGGCCUUCGGGAUCUUCAACCUCGUCUACUGGUACAUCUACCUGAGCAAGGACACCAUGGAGAAGCCCAGAGAGAUCGAGUGAGUUUCCCCUGACUUUCCUCCGGACCUCUGUCUCUCACUUUCGUCAUCUCUGACGGGGCACGAGGCCGUCCGGCACAAUUUGACGAGCAUUUGAUCCGGUUCCUUUCCCGUUUUAUCACCUAUAUAGACUUUCCACUCCAUUUGCCUUUAUAUUCGCCGCCGAGGGCCACGUCGUUAUACUAACCCUGCUACAUAGCGAGCCCUCCUCUGGUUCUGCUCUAGUUCUGCUCCGUGUGUGUGUGUGUGUGUGUGUGUGUGUGUGUGUGUGUGUGGAGCGCACUAAGGAGUUGAUGACAUAAUCUGCAGCUCUAACUGGUGAUGCAACAUUGAACCAAUGCUUUCAGUGGCCUGCCCUCUACAGAGACGCGGCUCGCACUGCACUAGAUCAAAAGCGCCGGGUUUAUUCUGACAGCUUCAAAGAUUUGGCUUUGGAAAUAGAGGAGAAGGAGCGCAUGCAUGGGACCCGGCUCGUACGAGCACGCGUGCGGAUAUUUAAUGCGUAUUCUCUGAUGUUUCUCGCACACGCCCCGGGAAUGCAUGCGGCUCGUGAGACUUUUGCGCUUAACAUCAUGAGUGGGCUUUGAAAGGCAUCCGGAGGAGACGACGUGGCACCGAAGAAUAGACCUGAAGGUGCUAAUGUAAUAACCUCAGGAAAUAAGUACUUAAACUUGCAUUAUGUACUUGAAUUAUGGGUGCGUGGUCAUGCUGUUUGUCUGAUGGAGUUCACUAAACACUGCAUGUUUCAUCCUCAUGUUGUGUUCAAGUAUUAUUUGGAGAGGUUUCUUUUCCUGGAAAUAGUAGCAUUGGACUAAAACUUUACUCACACAGGAUAUAACAACCAAAGAAAUGUAUAAAAAUUAUAUAUCUAUAUAUGUGUGUGCAUCUCUCUCUGUCUCUCUCUCUCUC